GGAUCCUGGUGCAGAAGCAGAUCUUCCAGGAAUUUCAGGAGAUCCUGACGAAGAAAGUCAGCAACCUGAAAGUAGGUGACCCCUUGGAGGCUCAGACCGACUUGGGCCCGCUCAUCUCCGCGCGGCAGCUCGCGCGCGUGGAGGACCAGGUGCUCCGCGCCGUGGCCGCUGGCGCGGCGCCGCUCACGGGCGGCCGGCGGGCGGCGGAGUGCUUGGAGGGAGCGCUGCGGGAGGGGCAUUUCUACGAGCCGACGGUGCUCAGCAAUGUCACGGUGGACAACCCGGCCUUUGUGGAAGAGAUCUUCGGCCCGGUGGUCUCGCUGUCGCCCUUUGCCGACGAGGACGAGGCGAUCAGCCUGGCUAACGCCUCCGAGUACGGCCUCGGCGGAGCGAUGUGGACCGAGGACGUCCGAAAGGCCUUCCGGGUGGCGCGCCGGCUGCGGUGUGGACUCACCUGGGUGAAUUGUCAUCACCGGAACGAUCCCAGCAGCCCCUGGGGCGGCUUCGGACAGAGUGGCAUCGGCCGAGAGAAUGGGCCCGAAGCCUUCGAGGAAUACACCACGACGAAGAGCUUGACCAUCAGGACCAACGACACGGCGGAGAACUGGUUUGGCAGCCGCAGCGCGCGCUACGGCUGACGCCACGAAAAACCGUGAUGUCCUGCGUUUGGCAUGGCAGAGCGUGAAAAAGAGCUCAGAGGGGGGCUAAUUGGGCAGUGGAGGAUAGGUGAGACAAGUUAAAGAAACUCGAACAGUUGGGAGACUGAGGAGGUUCUCUUCUACAAUCAGGGCAGUCUUCUCAUACAGAACAUGAAGAAAACAACUUCAACACACUUGGACUUGGUGUUACAAGCCUAUGGAAGGUUCAGGAAAAAAACAGACGAGUCUACCCAGCCAGGGGCGAGAUUUGGGGGGGAUCUCCCUGUGAAAAGUGCACGGCCCUUUCAGAUUAGGCAGAGAUUUCAAAGAACAAGGGAGUUACAGUAACUUGUGCCAUGGAACCUGUGAAACCACGGUAUAUUAUGAACUCAUCCAGGCGACUGUUCAACGCCAACCAAAGCCCUCGACGUUUCAAGCGAAGAAACCGCAGGGCACCGCG